AUGUCCUCGACCAUUGUAUAUCAGGGUUCAAAUUGGCAGCACCCCGAAAACAAACCUCUGAGGCUCAAAUUGGCAGCACCUAAACCCCUAGGACUCGAAACCACUAAUACCAAAGAAAAUAAAAACCCCGAUUCGGGUGCUUGGAAUUUUCUCCAGAUGCUCUCGGAUCGUCCGAAAAAAAUAUUUAGUACCGAAACUUUUUGUCCAUCUCACAAGCUUAGCCAGAAUAGCCUGGAAUUAUGUACCGAAAACUUGGGAAGCGAAACAGGCAGCGAUGACACGUGUGAUAUUGACAUUUUAACACGUGCAAAAUCAUCAACAAUCACAAGGCAACAAGGACGUGUUUUAUCAGCAAAGAAGAUGAGCACACGGAGCUUUCCGCCUCCGUUAACAACUAUAAGUGGUUCGAAUUCGCUUCACGUUAAGCCACGCAGAGAAGGCGGCCGGCUCAUCAUUGAGGCCGUGGAAGCGCCGUCUAGUCGUGCCUGUUUCGAAGCUGAGCGAAGCAAUGGCAGGUUACAACUGAGGUUUUUGAAGAACUGUGAGUUUUUUUAUGACACAAAAGCGAGAUCAGAAGAUACCGAAAAUGAAAACAUAGAAAAUUUCGAAAGAGAAGAUUAUAAAACACAUGAAAUUGAGGAUGUUUUUGUAGGAGAUGAAUUUAAAAAAGAUGGUGCUAACAACAAGAUUGUUGGUUACAUAAAAAAGGACAAGGAUGGAAUUAGACAAGAUGUUGAGGUUGUAAUGGGGAGGGAAAGUAUUGCGAGACACAACAGCAGGUGCAAGGAAAGUGGGCAUGGUAAUAACAAGAGAGGGUUCUGUAAUUGGGAGGCUUUCUGGGUGGCUACUUAG